CAGGCGUGGUUGUCGUCACGCAGCGGAGCGGAGACGCACGCAGCUCAUAAAUCAUCCGCCUUUACUCGACUCCUUCCCGCCGACAGAGAGAAGACGCGUCCGUGCGGAGGAGCAGCGCCUUUAAUGUGGUGGUGCACAUGUGCGCGAGCCCCCGGACAUGCUGCGCGCGCUGCGGAGCGACACCUGGCCGGCCUUAGAAUAAAGCCCCGCGAGGAAAGAUCCCACGCGUGAUCACCAGGAACUGCAGUGCUACACGUCUGAGUGCUCCGUGUUUAUGUUCCAUCAACAUCCUGUUCCCUUCCACCAACCCCCCCAAAACAAACACAAGGAAAACAAAUCAGGACUUUUACGGGGUCAGAAGACAACAAAAGGAAUUCAAAGGAAGAAAUUCUUCUUCGUCUCUCGGCUGCUUUCUGCUGAACGCCUGGUGGACGAUGGAAGCCCGAGGAAAGUACGAUUUCAGCGCCACGGCAACCGACGAGCUCAGCUUCAGAAAGGGCGACACCCUGAAGAUUUUAAGCCCGCAAGAUGACUGGUACAGAGCAGAGAUGGGCGGGCAGGAAGGAUACGUACCGCAGAACUACGUGGAGGUGCAGACGCCGAGGUGGUUUCAUCAGAACGCCAGUCGCAGCGCUGCAGAGGACGUCCUUCGGUCCAAAGGCGUGGGACACUUUGUGAUCCGAGGAUGCCAGAGCUCCCCGGGAGACUUCUCCAUCUCUGUCAAGCACGAGAGUGACGUCCAGCACUUCAAAGUGAUGAGAGACAACAAAGGCAUGUACUUCCUGUGGUCGGAGAAGUUCACCUCCCUCAACAAGCUGGUGGACUUCUACAAGUCCGCCUCCAUCUCCAAGACCAGGGAUAUCUUCCUCCGCGACGACGGCUCGGACAGCCGCGGCCCCCCGGGGGCCCAGGCGGUGAAGAGGGGAAGUUUGCCCGAACAACGCGUCAACGCGUCUGCCGCCAUCGUAGCUUCACCGCGCAGAGCUUCAGACCAGCCGCCCAGACAGCUGGCCAAACGAGCCGGUCUGGAGGAGCGAGCUCAAACCAUCGGCCACACGGGCAGAAGCAGCCCCGGCACAUCCGCUCAGCCACCGCGCCGCACGUCUGAGACCAUGCCGCUCCCCCAGAGGGCGUCCACGCAGCAGGUGAAGGCGCUCUACGACUUCUGCGCGGAGGAGGGCGACGAACUGGGCUUCAGCGCCGGUGACAUCAUCGAGCUGCUGGAUCGCUCCGACGCGUCGUGGUGGCGAGGGAGGCUGCGGGGGAAAAGCGGCCUGUUUCCCGCCAACUACACAAUGCCGCUGUGAGAAGAAGACCCCCCCCCCCCCACACACACACUCUCAGACUCCCUCUGAGCAGAAAGAACUGACUCAUCUGAUCUCUGCCCAAAGGACUGAGUCAUUUAGCAUUGUAGUGAAUACCUGAAACCUGCAACGUGUGGCAGCAGAGGAACGUUUUGUCUUUGAAAUCACCACGUGGCCGACAGUCAAUGUGCAGCUGAAUCGACUGUAACAGCUGUUUCGGCUCACUCAUGGUAGUGAAGUUACCUUUUAUACCGCAAGAGAUUUUGGAUGAAAAAUUCAGCAGAUUUCUGAAGAAACCUGAACGCUUUACAGAAUAAGAAAUAAAAUCAUUGAUGAUGAUGAUGA